UGUUGGGAGAGAAGCAAUAACUAUUAUUAAUUUACGUGAUUGCGUGCAACAAAAAAAAAAUUGUUAUAUAACAUUCAAGAUAUGUCUUACAAGGAAAUAAAAGUCGAAGAAUUGUACAAUAAAGAUGAUAAAUUGAAAAAAGAAGAUGUUAAAGGUUUGAUGGAAUGGUUAGAGAAACAACCUCAUUUACCAAAUGUCUCUGAAUUGCAAGUAGCUAUAUUUUUACAUAGUUGUUAUUAUGGUAUUGAAGCUACCAAAAAUUCCAUAGAUACGUAUUUCACAGUAAAGACGAUAUGUGGUGAUAUCUUUGGUUCAAAGAAUCCGAAAUCUGACGAGGCUUUACAAUUAGCUCUCAAUACGUUAUUAGUUUAUCCUCUUCCUAAACUAACAGACACUGGUGAUUUAGUGGUGCUAUGUAGUUUAAUUGACACGAAUCCGGAUAAUUACGUAGUUGCAUCUCAAUUUAAUCUAUUCGAUUUGGCAACCGUGGUGUAUACUCUUCAAAAUGGCCCCCCUCAAGGGGUACAAAUCGUAGUAGAUAUGAAGGGAAUUGUAUUUGCUCAUUUUUUGAAAUUGAAUCCAAUUGUUAUUAAAAAAUUUUUGUAUUAUUUACAGGAAGGUAUGCCGAUAAGAUUGAAAAGCCUCCAAUUUAUUAAUAUCGUUUCUUUUAUGGAUAAAAUUUUAGCUUUAAUUAAACCGUUUAUGAAAAAAGAACUAAUUGACUCGUUAUAUUUACACACUAAUACUGAAUCCAUAUUCAAACAAAUACCGAAAGAUGUUUUUCCACAAGAAUACGGAGGAUCUUGUGAAUCUAUAAAAAUUUUACAAGAAAAAACUAAAUGUCAAAUGAACGACAAUGCGGAAUUAAUAGUGUUUUUAACAAACCAAGUCGUCGAUGAAUCUAAAAGGCAUGGUAAACCCAAAAACGCUAAUGAAAUAUUUGGAGUAGAAGGAAGUUUCAAAAAAUUACAAGUUGAUUAAAUUUUUUGUUUUAAAUAUAUUUGUGAAUGAUA